ACCAUACCAACUACAACCACACCAGCUACAACAACACCAGCUACAACCACAAAAGCCAAAACCACACCAGCUACAACCACACCACACACCAGCUACGACCAAAAGAGCCACGGCCACACCAGCUACAGCCACACCAGCUACAACCUCACCAGCUACAACCACAACACUACAACCACACCAGCUACAAGCACACCAGCUACAAGCACACCAGCUACGACCAAAAGAGCCACGGCCACACCAGCUACAACCACAACAACUACAACCACACCAGCUACAACCCCACCAGCUACAACCAAACCAGCUACAACCACAACAAAAUACAGCAGCUACAAUUACACCAGCUACAAACACAUCAGCUACCAAGACACCAACUACAAAUACACCAGUUAUAAAUACACAAGCUACAACUACAGCAGCUACAAAUACAACAGCUACAAAUACACCAGCUACAGCUACACCAGCUACAAAUACACAAGCUACAAAUACACCAACUACAACUACAGCAGCUACAAAUACACAAGCUACAAAUACACCAGCUACAAAUACACCAGCUACAAAUACUUUAGCUACAGCUACACCAGCUACAAAUACACAAGCUACAAAUACACCAACUACAACUACAGCAGCUACAAAUACACCAGCUACAAAUACACCAGCUACAAAUACACCAGCUACAAAUACACCAGCUACAGCUACAGCAGCUACAUAUAG